AGCUGCCGCACGCGAAGCAUCUUUCCCCUCGACCAUUUUUCCCUCCAUGGAGCACUGCGUUUAGUGAAAAACUACACUACGUUCAUAACGUCGCUUUUCUGUGCUCUCAUACUGUGCUUGUAUAUCUAUACACUUGAGUGGGUUAGAAAAUAGCCAUAUCAAAGUAUUUGGACAUUACAAGCACCAGCGGUGUUACUGCGACCUGAACUUCGGAUUAAUGACGGUGGUGUAGCGAGAGGUUGGGGAAGAAGCUGUACCCUGCCUACUCACUACACACUCAACACUAUGGCCUCGUUAUCCAAUGUUAUCGUGCUGUCAUUGCUGUUGGUAGUGGUGGGAACGAGGGCAGAAGUGAGAAAUGGGACAGAGGCAUCAUCUGAAAAAUCCAUUACUGAGGUGCAUGAUGUCACUGAGUACAACAAUGAGACGGUCUUGUCACCUGCUGAAGAGCUGUUACAAGCUGCAAGGGCUGCAGGUUAUGAUUUGACCCUGCAGCGCUUAGACAUAGCUGCUGCCUCUACAGAUGAGGAAGUGGAGGAAAUGAUGCCACAACCUGUGGCUGAGGCCUUCAUUGCUCAGCGCCGAAGAGACAAUGUUGACCUUAUCCGAGAACAGAUGAUUGGCAUGAUAUUCACGGGAAGGCCUCAGCCACUUGGUUCUGUACCUCGUCGGCCUUUGGCAUGGGCUCGGCCCGCCAGCUUCAGGUCGAGUCCAUCAGGGAUGGUUCAUAUGCAGUAUAAUCCUCAAGGUGAGGCCAGCAUCCAGAGCACUAGAAAGGUGCCAGCGCCAGACAAAAUUCUGAAACCAAUGCCCUUUGUGCCGGGCCCCACCAUGGUCAAGUUCCCCCCUCAUCACCCACCACACCAGCAGGCGCCCCCAGCACCUUCUCGGCAGUCACCAGGUUUUCCUGACUUCAGUAACACCAUUGGACCUGAUUUUGGACCAGUUACCAUUAAUGAAUACAGUGGCAAUUUCAACUCUCCAAACACAGCAGCCCGACCUCCAUCUGGUCACCGGCCAUCAUCAUCACAUCGUCCUUCUCUGCCUCGGCCUGCUCCCCACCCUUCCUCACCCAGACUUCCUCCUCGACAGAGACCGCCUCUUCCUCGCCCACCCAGACCAAUUCAUGGCAGACCUGGGGCCUUUAGUAAUGUUGGAUUUGGUAACUUCAGGGGUAAUGGAGGAAAUUGUGUCAGGUAUACAGAAGACAUCUGCCUAGACACUGAGGAGUAUCCACAUGAGGCGAUUCUGUCAUCGUUGGUGCGUGACCCAUCCCGAGCUGAUACCAUGAUUGCUGAGGUAAGGUCACAAAGUGCAGAUGACCUGGUAGAUGGAGUGUCAUCAGCUCAGGAGUCCAAGUAUGACUUUCAGCAUUAUUUUGGUAACAGGCGGGCAGAUACAGUCAACCAUGCUCACCGGGACUUUGCACAAGAUGGAGGUUUUUUGUGUCCGGCUGAAGUUAAAUAUGCCAGACCAAAACGGGCCAGGAACUCAAAGGGUGUGUGGAAGUACAUUGUCAAUAUGGACAAGUAUUCACAGACCAUCCGCAUGGAGAAGUGCAUGAAGCCAGGUGGUGCAUGUAGCUAUGUCUCACACCAUUACCGUGCCACCUGCAACCAGAUCUACAAUUACCACCGUCUUCUCUCCUGGGAUGAUGGGCGUGGCCUCCACAUGGACAUUUUUAAGGUGCCAAGUUGUUGUUCAUGCCACAUCCAAGGAUAUGCCUAUGUGUUUCCACCAUUAAACAAGCUUCAGACUGCAGCUGGGUCAGAGCAAGUCAUACAAGCAGUGCCAGCACCCCCACUGGAUGACAGCACAGAAGUCCCAAGUAGUGAGGCACCUGAACCAGUACAAAGUCAGGGGAACUUCCGCAACGUUGAAAGUGGGCCACCUGGCCGACAGCGUAGACCCAGCCAACGUUCUGAAGGGUCCAGAAGGCCAGCAGGUCCAUGGCCUGCCAGAGAUGAAUCCAGUCACAGCAUACGCAGCAGGAUGCAGGAGGUGGAGGAGCACUCCCAGCAGGUGACUGGUCAGCCUCCUAGCAGUAGGCUGAGGCCACAUAAUAAUGACUCUGCUAGGACAAAAGAUACCAAUGACAAAGUGAACUAUGGCUACCACCCCAUCAUUGACUUCUUCAGUCCAUACAGGCUCCAGAACCGUAGAAAAUAGAGAUCUCUAUCUUUCUUGACAAUGUGUUUACCAAGAAUUUGAGGACAGUAUUGGCAGGGGUUCAUGGCUUUGGUUCACACAUCUGUUUUUUUAGGGUAAAGUGGAUUUUUUAUUUUAAUAUGGCUGCUAGGUACUGAGAUUUACAAUGUAUUAUUUUUUAAUUUGUUUCUGAAUACAUUUUCACACCUUGUGAUCUUUUUAUUGAAGUAUGUGAAAAGUUCAUAGAAACUAAAAGAUCCUAGUUGAUGCAGAUACAUUAAUUUUACUUAUAUUUUUAAUAAUGUAGACUAGUGGCAUUUUUCAAAAGUAUACUGACCUUAAAAUGUUAGUAAAAAUGGGUAAUAUUAUUAAUAUUUUUUAAUUCAUGGAAAAGCACAAAACCUGUAAGGGUCGUACAUUGCUACGGAUAUAGGAGUGGGUGGGAGUUAAUUAGGUUUGAUCCAAGGAAAGGAAGAGUAACAUUAGUUCCUUGAAAAAAAGUGGGAAUUACAGUGGAACCUCAAAAAUCGAACGUAUCACAUAUCGAACGUUUCAAAAAUAGGACCAUUUUUUCGGACAAACUGUGUCCCUGUUAUCGAACGCGCCCCUAUUUUCGGACCGCCGGGUACAGGACCUGUCUGCCUGCCCGCUGUGUCCGCGUCCCCGUGCAGGCGCCGUGAGCAGUCUAGCUUUGUUCAUGCUUGAGUGAACACUAACCUGCGCUCUCAUUCACGCAUUUUACGAUUAUUCUGUUGUGUUUAGUGCUUGUGGGACUGUGAAAUAAGCUGCCAUGGGCCCAAAGAAACUUGCUAGUGGUACCCCUGUGGUAAAGAAAGUGAGAAACACCAUAGAUGUGAAGAAGGAAAUAAUACAGAAGUAUGAGAGUGGUGUGAGACUUGUUGAGCUUGCCAGGAUGUAUGGGAAAAACAAGUUGACCAUCGGUUCUAUCCUGUCAAAGAAAGAACAGAUCAAGGAAGCUGAUGUUGUGAAAGGUGUUAAUAUGCUAACCAAAAAAAGACCACAAAUAGUUGAAGAGGUUGAGAAGUUGUUGCUGGUGUGGAUCAAGGAUAAAGAGAUUGCAGGUGAUAGUGUUUCAGAGACGAUUAUUUGAGAAAAGGCAAGGAAGUUGCAUGCCCAUCUGGUACAGAAAACUCCUGGAACCAGUGCUGAUAGUGAAUUUAAGGCCAGCAGAGGCUGGUUUGACAGAUUUAAGAAGCCUAGUGGCAUACACAAUGUUACACAAAUAACCCGCACAUAAAAGAGAGAAGCUUACGACGACGUUUCGCUCCGACUUGGACCAUUGACAAAGUCAAUGUCAAUGGUCCAAGUCGGACCGAAACGUCGUCGUAAGCUUCUCUCUUUUAUGUGCGGGUUAUUUGUGUAUUGUUCCAGUCACGGUAUUGUGCCUUUUUGUUAUUUAUACACAAUGUUGUAAGACAUGGUGAGGGCUUUACCUGAAGUCCUCAUGGAGGGGGAUUCUCCUUCCAAACACUAACCCCAACUCCCUCUCUCCUCCUCCCUAUCUUCCAGAUGCCAUCGCCAAUCUUCAAUAAAGGUAAGUAAAAAUGUUAUGUUAUAUGUAUUACUAUACAUAAUUAAAAACUAUAGUACAGUGGACCCCCGCAUAACGAUUACCUCCGAAUGCGACCAAUUAUGUAAGUGUAUUUAUGUAAGUGCGUUUGUACGUGUAUGUUUGGGGGUCUGAAAUGGACUAAUCUACUUCACAAUAUUCCUUAUGGGAAUAAAUUCGGUCAGUACUGGCACCUGAACAUACUUAUGGAGUGAAAAAAUAUCGUUAACCGGGGGUCCACUGUAUUUGUUGUGUGUAAAACUGUAAUUAAUCUCUAUGAAAUGUAUUUUUUGUGUGAAUAUUUUUGGGUUUCUGGAAUGGAUUAAUUGUAUUUCCAUUAUUUCUUAUGGGAAAUAUUGCUUCGAAUUUCAGACUUUUCAAAUUUAGAACUAGCCUCCUGGAACGGAUUAAGUUCGAUUUUUGAGGUUCCACUGUACAUGGUAGAGUAGUAACUUUAUAAGCCCUAUAAUUGUACAUAAAAAUUCAUCAUUACUUUUUUUAAACCAAGAACUUGUUCAGUAUUUUACUCCUGGUCACACACACACAGAACAUACAUUAUAUAAAAAUUUUUAUGCAGCAGCAGUAUGUCAUCUCUGCCUAAAAAAUCAUAAGUUUGAAGAUCUUCUACAAAAUAGAUCUGAGAGUUAUGAAAUGAGAUUUAUGAAGUCAGACUGAAGACAUGUGGAAUGACCUUCUUGGUGGACAGGGAUGUUGCAGUGUGGAGGCUCAUUUGAACUGUGAUGUCCAUGCACUUCUGGCAAGGCAGUUAUUUAAUAAAUAAUUGGGAAUGUAUUUCCUUAUUGGGGUCACCAUACCUUAGUGGGAAAUGGCUUAAAUUGUAAAAAAUAUACACACACAGGUUGGUGAGAAAGACACUGCAGUGAGGCCUUUAUUACAAGGCUUUGUCCAGGAGUGUACUUUCCCUAUCAGCCAUAAAAUCUAGUAUUGAAUGAAAUUUUGUAAUAAAGGCCUCACUGCAGUCAAAGUGUUGGUCUCACUACCUAGCUGUUUACACCAUCAUGUGUCUGCAUAAAAAUUCAUUAAAGGAUAUGAGAAAAUACAUCAGGAAGCCACCCUGACAACUUCAGUAGGGUAAACAAGAAGCCACUGAAAGAAACUUAAAGAAAAAAUUGAUAUAGAAUGAGCACUAGAAAAUAUUUCUUCACAAAUAAGUGGUACUCUCAGGAAAAGGUGCCUAGAUGUCAAUGAGAGGCCCCUUGAUCCAAAGAGUUGGACUUGUCCUCCUCUUCCUUGGACCAAAAUGGAUUACCUCUGAUUCCCCUGGCACUAUACCUGGUAUGACCCCUGUAAGUUUAGUGUUUCCCCCAAAUAGAGGUAGGUAGAUGGAAUAAGAUUCAAGAGUUGUAGUGUGCUAUAAUGACUGAACUUUAAAAGGAAAUUAGAACAAAUAAAAUGCAGUACUGUACUUAAAAUAGGACACCACAAACAAUCAUCAUUCCACUUCUCUAGACUGUACAUAUGUAAUAAGUGAUCUCACAUAUCAAAGUUAAUGGAUGUGAUAAUUUAGAAUUUUCUCAGUCAAGUGUGUAGGUAAGGACAUAUGCACAGUUCAGGACAUACGUACAUGUAAAUGUGUUGCUGUCAAAAAUAGGGACACACACAUAUAUAAGUCAGUCAUAGGAGCAAUGGUAUCACCACUUAACAUCUGUGACAUUAUAUAAUUAAGGUGGUGGUGGCGAGAUGGGAAAACAUCUCUUUAACAUGGAUCAUUGCCAGAUGAUGACCAACUCAGGAAUUAAGCAACUGUUGACUUACCAGUACUCUAUACCUGUGGUUAAGCAUCUGCUGGCAUACUGGAGCUAUGUUUUCCACCCCAAUUAUACAACAAGGAAUGGCAUUUUUAUGCCCUAGAAUGAGCAUAGUACUACUGUAUACAAUUAGCAUAUAAUCAGAACUCAGACAUUCAUAUUAACUAUUAACAUAAUGUGGAACAUUGCAAGUACAAAAAUAGCUUCUAGAAACCAGCAAAAAUUCUCUUAGGACAAUAUCUCACAUUAAGUAAGGUCCUUAUGCCAAAUGCCAUACCAGUGGGGAAUCCACAUCUUAAAUCAUUUAAGAAGAUUCUUCGGUUCAGAGGUUUGCCACCAAACUACCUCAUGGAUUUUAACAUACAGUAAAAGGUAGAGGUUUUGACUUUGUGAAUAUAAACAGAGUAUCCAAGGUGUUUAAACAGGAGGGAGCAUGAUUGGAAACUGACAGAAUGAGCCAAAGACAUGUAAGAAACAACAACAUAAGGAAGAGUAUAGUGAGCAAGUGAAAUGCAUUUUAUGAGAUAUUGUGGUGAAUGCCAGACGUGAAUUAAUAUGUACAGUGUUUAAUAACCCAAGGGAUUAGGGAUGUAUCUUACUGAAUGA